UUUUAUCGGCCGGCAUUCACUAGCAUCGGCUGGCUGUCAUCGAAUUACCACUUCAACGGUUGAAAAUUGUUUCACAUCGUCACAUUUUUACGAAAAAUACAUUCCUAGUUUAAUAAUCAUCUAGUUUACGCAUUUCAAAUAUGGAAGUAACGGACGAGAACUUGGCCACUCUGGCGAAUUAUCUGCAACAAACGUUGAACCCAGACACUAACAUAAGGCGACCGGCUGAAAAAUUCCUGGAGAGUGUAGAAGUAAACCAGAACUAUGCCAUUCUGUUGCUGCACCUUAUUGACAAAGAAACUGUGGAUCUUACUAUCAGGGUUGCUGCUGCAAUUGCCUUCAAAAACUACAUUAAGAGAAACUGGCCUGUUGAAGAAGAUGGCGCUGACCGCAUCCAUGCAUCAGAUAGGGCUACGAUCAAGACUCUCAUUGUAUCCUUGAUGCUGAAGUCUCCUGAAGCCAUACAGAGGCAGUUCAGCGAUGCCGUCUCCAUCAUUGGCAAGUGUGACUUCCCAGAGAAGUGGCCGAGCCUCAUACCGGAAAUGGUUGAGAAGUUUGCUACUGGUGACUUCCACGUGAUCAAUGGAGUGUUGAGGACGGCACACUCCCUGUUCAAGCGCUAUCGAUACGAGUUCAAAUCACAGAAGCUCUGGGAAGAAAUAAAACAUGUGCUCGAAAACUUUGCAAAACCUCUCACAGACUUGUUUGUUGCCACAAUAGAUUUGACGACAAAACAUGCGGACAACCCGCAAGCUUUGCGAGUUAUCUACGGGUCGCUCGUACUUAUAUGCAAAGUGUUCUACUCACUGAACUAUCAAGAUCUGCCUGAGUUCUUUGAAGAUAACAUGCCCAUUUGGAUGCCGAAUCUACUCAACCUCUUACAAGUGAAAGUCCCGUGUUUAGAGACGGACGAUGACGAUGAGAAGCCCGGCGUUAUGGAGCAGCUUCGUACGGAAGUUUGUGAGUGUGCGGCUUUGUAUGCGCUUAAGUACGAGGAAGAGUUUGGUCCUCACGCGCCGUCUUUCGUGACCAGCGUGUGGACGGUAUUGCUGGCUACUGGACCACAGCCCAAGUAUGAUGCGUUGGUAUCGAACGCGCUGACCUUCCUUGCCAAGAUAGCUGAGAAAAAUAAUUACAAAAGCUUGUUCGAAGACCCGGCUACACUCAGCAGUAUAUGUGAAAAAGUUGUCAUACCCAACAUGGAGUUCAGAGAGUCAGACAUGGAGUUGUUCGAGGACAAUCCCGAAGAGUACGUGCGUCGAGAUAUCGAAGGCUCGGACGUGGACACGCGCCGCCGCGCCGCCUGCGACCUCGUGCGGACGCUCGCCGCCAGCUACGAGGACAAGAUGAUGAACAUCUUCGGACAGUAUGUGCAGCUCAUGCUAGCCAAGUAUGCGGAGUGCGGCGCAUCAGCUUGGCGCGGCAAAGACGCGGCCAUGUACCUCGUGACGUCACUGGCGUCCCGCGGCAGCACGCAGGCGGCCGGCGUCACGCGCGCCUCGCCGCUCGUCGACCUCGCGCAGUUCGCGACCACCCAUGUACUGCCCGAGCUGCAGCGACCUGACGUGAACGAGUUGCCCGUACUAAAGGCAGACGCCAUAAAGUACGUUAUGACGUUCCGUUCGCUGCUGCCCAAGGAUCUCAUCAUUGCUUCAGUACCCUUAUUGAUAUCGCACGUGCGCGGGCGUGGCGUGGUGCAGACGUACGGCGCGUGUGCGCUGGAGAAGCUGAUCGCGGGCGGCAUGCUGCAGCGAGCCGCGCUGCAGCCGCACGCCGCCGCGCUGCUCGCCGCGCUGUUCCACGCGCUCGGCGAGGCAACAGACCCGCAGCACCACAACGAGUACGUCAUGAAGGCCGUUCUCCGUACACUCUCGUGCCUACAAGACGGGUCGCUGUCCUACUUGGGCGAUGCGCUACCGAAACUUGCCCAUAUGCUGUCAGUUGUCGCCAAGAACCCUUGCAAGCCACACUUCAACCAUUAUUUGUUCGAGACUCUAUCGCUCGCUGUGUCUUUGGUGACGAAAUCAAAUCCUGACGCUAUAUCAGCCUUCGAAGAUGCUCUGUUCCCGAUAUUUCAAGAGAUCCUUCAGAAUGAUGUACAAGAGUUCAUGCCGUACGUGUUCCAAAUGCUCUCGCUACUGCUGGAGCUGCGCGGCGGCGGCGGCGGCGGCGACGCGUACAGCGCGCUGCUGCCGUGCGUGGUGGCGCCCGCGCUGUGGGAGCGCCCCGCCAACGUGCGGCCGCUCGUGCGCCUGCUGUGUGCCUUCGUGGCGCAGCGGCCCCAGCAGGUGCUCGCCUCCGGCCGCCUCAAUGCAAUGCUCGGAGUGUUCCAGAAGUUGAUCGCGUCCAAAACGAAUGACCAUGAAGGAUUCUAUCUCAUGCAGACUAUGCUGUACAAGUUCGGAAACGAAGUGAUGUCCCAAUACACGAAGCAGAUAAUGACGCUGCUAUUCCAGCGGCUAUCGUCGUCUAAGACCACGAAGUAUGUGCGCGGACUCAUCGCCUUCCUCGGCUUCUAUGCGGCGCAUUUCGGCGCAGACCCAUUGAUUGAUCUCGUCGAUUCAGUACAGGCUGGCAUGUUCGGAAUGUACGUGGAGCGAGUUUUAAUCGCGGACCUACAACGUGUGAGCGGCGCUCUGGAACGUAAGGCGGCCGCCGUCGGCUGCGUCAAGCUGCUCACUGACAGCCAGCACUUCCUCACCGGCUCCCUCGCGCCGCUGUGGCCGCGACUGCUGCAGGCGCUGAUCUCGUUGUUCGAGUUGCCGACGGACGAGACAGCAUUGCCGGACGACCACUUCAUCGAAGUAGACGACACUCCCGGCUAUCAGGCGCAGUACGCACAGCUCACCUGCGCUAAGGGCGGCAGUGGGGACCCACUCGCUGACGUGGGCGACCCGGUGAACUACCUAGCCACGUCCCUGGGCGCUCUAUCCCGCCAGUCCCCCGGCGUGCUGCCGCCGCGGCUGGCGGCGCUGGACGAGCCGCACCGCAACGCGCUGCACCACUACCUCGCCGCCUGCAGUGUGCAGCUCUGCUGAUCACCGGACCUGAUAUACAACCUUUAUACACCGGGAUUCACUAACUAACACGCCACUGAGACACACACUUCAUCUGAAAAAAUAUUAUUAUCUAUGAAAAACUUAGCCCCAAAUUCACCCACAACGUAAACUUUAUUAACCUUUUGAACGCCAAUGUCGGCUAUAGCCGACAUGAGCAAGCGUGCCCUGUGCGCCAACGACGGCUAUACUCGACAAAAAACAGGUCGCAGAAAAAUACAAAAUAAACCUAUUAAAUCAUUACUUUUAUGUAUUUUUUAGUAGAUAUUUAAUUAAGAUUUUCGGGCUUGGCGUACAGGGCAUAGGAAUACCGAUAUGGCGUGGCGGUGAAAAGGUUAAAUAAAGUACAGUAAGUAAAGUAAAAUAUAAAAUUUAUAUUUUUCUAGCGACCUGCCCCGGCUUCGCACUUGAUAACUAUAUGUCCACACUAUUUAAUGUAUGUUAUUAUACAUAUAAACCCUUCCUUUUUAAUCACUUUAUAUUCAAAAAAACCGCAUGAAAAUCGAUUGUGUAGUUUUGAAGAUAUAAGUGUACAAAUGGAUAUAGGGACAGAAAGAAAAUUAUUUUUAUUGCGCAAUUUAAGACAUAUACACACUUAAAAUAUAAAUAUAACAGAAAAAACUACUUUGUAUGUAGUGAAGUGCAAAAUCAAAAUAAAAGGACCACAAAAAUAAUAAACAAAACGGUGUUAAAAAGUGAAUUAAAAAACGGUGUACAAAGGUUGCAAAGUAAAAAGUGAUAAACAUGAACGAAUGUGUAUAUGUGAAACUAGUGUAAACUUCAAGACUGGACAUUAAAUAUGAAAGGAAGUAUGACUGUUAUUUGAUACAACAAUUACUGUUACUGGUAUUUAGGGUGCGUUUACACGGUGCAAGUAGCUUGCGCAUGUUGAGGCACAUGCGCAGGUUAUACAUGCAUUUUAAAAACGUGCGGGGCUAGUGACUCGCGCAUGUACCAAAGCAAAAUACCCACGCGCUUGCGCAUGUUAACUUGCUCCAGCUACAUGCACCGUGUAGAUGCACCCUUAUAUUAAAUAAGGAUAGUGUGAUAGUGGACAUGUGAUGAACAAAUAUUAUGCAUAAGUGGUGAUGAAUAAAUGUUAUAAAUAUGAUAUGUGAAUGUAUUUGAGCUGGUUCUUGUAUACAAUUGAUGAAUGCAUUUAUGUUACAUUUUCUUGUUAGACAACUGUUUUUUCAUGUAGAUAUUUUGAUAAUGCACGCUAAUAUAACAAGCCGUCUUAGUAAAUCUAUACUAAUACUAUAAAGGAAAAAGUUCAAUUAUUGUUUGUUUGUAUUGUAUGUUAUAUAACUCAAAAACUACUGCACUGAUUUUAAAAAUUCUGUCACUGUUGGAAAGCUAUAUUUUCGCCGAGUAACAUAGGCAUUGUAAUAUAUAUUUUGUACCCUUACGUACAGUAGUUCCCACGGGACGCGGGUGAAACCGCGGGAAAAUGGCUAGUCAAAUAUAAAAAGCUGAUCUGACUUGAAUUGCCGUUUGUUUUACAAUGUUUUUAUGAAUAAUGUGCACUGUCAAAAUAGGUUUGCUAUAAGUAAUAUAAAAUUACUUUAUUUACAAUUAAUGUAUGUUGUUUUAAGCUGCUGUAUCUAUUGUAUGACUAAACUAGAUGUAAAAUUGUUUGAACACGAUGUUGAAAGGGAUCAGCGCUAAGCGUCGCCCGUGAAAGUGUAACCGAGCAGUGAUAAGUUAAUGUAUCAUAUUAUGUUUGUACAAUAAAUGCUUUUUGUCUAUAAA